AAGAGGAACACAGGGGCUGGCCAAAAAAAAAAAAAAAAAAGAAGAAGAAGAAGAAGAAGAAGGAGAGAUUGCCUUGGCUUCUAAUUUCUCUCUUUCCAACACAGAACAAUGUCGAUGAGCCCUAAGCAUACGACUCCUUUUUCUGUAUCCGAUAUCUUAAGUCCUCUUGAGGAGAGCUACAAAAAAGUGAGUAUGGAGGGGAACAACUUGGGGGCUCCUCUUGCCACGUACAGACAGCCCCAAGUCACGCAAGCGGCCAUGCAGCAGCACCACAUGGGCCACAAUGGAACAGUAUCCGCUGCCUACCACAUGACAGCAGCUGGAGUUUCCCAGCUGUCACAUACAGCCAUGGGGGGCUACUGCAACGGGAAUUUGGGCAACAUGAGCGACCUGCCGGCCUAUCAAGACGGCAUGAGAGGUAGUACGACGGCCACCAGCUGGUACGGAACGAAUCCUGACCCACGCUUCUCCACAAUCUCUCGUUUCAUGGGCUCCUCGUCUGGUAUGAACAUGGGCAGCAUGAGCACUCUAAGUUCAUUGGCGGAUGUUGGCAAAGGGAUGGGUGCGCUGACCAGCACAGCUCGAAGGAAGAGACGAGUGCUCUUCUCCCAAGCGCAGGUGUACGAGCUUGAGCGACGAUUCAAGCAGCAGAAGUAUCUCUCUGCGCCGGAGAGGGAGCAUCUGGCGAGUAUGAUUCAUUUGACUCCAACCCAAGUUAAAAUUUGGUUUCAAAACCACCGAUAUAAAAUGAAAAGGCAGGCCAAGGACAAAGUGUCCCAGCAGCAACUGCAACAAGACGGUGGCUCCUGUCAGCAGCAGCAGUCUCCACGGCGGGUGGCUGUGCCAGUGUUGGUGAAAGACGGAAAGCCAUGCCAAAGCAGCAGCCAUACUCCCAACACUGGUAUUCAAAACCACCAUCACCAGGGGGGAAACGUCAUGAUCAUGUCUAAUAACAGUUCAUCAAUGGGUCAGCAUCAUCAAAGUCAGCAGGUAGGCAGUGCGGGAGAGUCUCCAGAUCUGGGUCAACACGCUGCAAGCCCCCCAUCUCUCCAAACCCAGGUAUCCGGCCUGUCACACAUGAACUCUUCCGGGUCCGAGUAUGGAGCUGCCUUGCCCUGCUCCGCUCUGCUUUAUGGCAGGACAUGGUGACACUGGAACAGACAAUAACACACUAACAAAAUGACACACGGAUCCAGAUAAUCUUUAUAGUAUACUGUAUAAUGUGUACUAAAAAAAAAAGACGCGUACAUAUUUUUGGGUCAUUCGAACGGUGGUUGCGCACUGAAAGCAAUUGUCUCCUUUCUGGGGGAGAUGUGAAAAUGCUGCAAGCAACACGAGGAUUGCCAAAUGACAAAGGUAUCAAAUCUUUUAUUAUGAGGAUGAGGCGCCAAACA